AUGCUGCGCCAGGCGUGGACUCUGCUCGCGAUAUUCGCCCUCGUCGCCAUGUCGGCCGCCUUUAGCUUCAACGACCUGCACAUCGACGGCAUCGAGGCGUACUUGCACCAUGGCGAGAAGCGACAGGCCAGUGGCACGGGCAACGCGCCCACUUCGGCUGCCGCGCUUUCAACGUCGUCGCAAGCUGCAUCGAGUGCACCAGCAACAUCGAGUGCACAAGCAACAUCUGCAACGCCCACUCCUACACCCACUCCCACACCCGAGCCUUCAACGACCCAGGAUCAGACUACCGAUGCACCCGCGACAUCAGCUGCUCCCGCCGCUUCCUCGGCCGCCGGCGUCACUACUGAACAGUCUCAAGCCGCAACGACACUCCGCACAACAACGUCACAGGCUGGCGCGACUUCUGCCGCGGCGACCACACCCAGGACUACGGCGGUGGUCGUGAGAACCUCUGCCCUCGUCGCCACUUCGGUGCAGCAAUUUACUACCGUCAUCACCACCAUCACCAAUGGCCAGACUGCUGAAAUCACCUCGACCGGCUCGAGCACCAUCACCACGACAACAGGUCAGGCCCUGAUCACCGAGACGCCCACUUCCCAGAGCGGCAGCGGCAGCAGCAGCAGUGGUCUGAGCAGCUCCAACAAGAAGAUCAUCGGUGGCGUUGUCGGUGGUGUCGGCGGCAUUCUUCUCCUCGGCGGUAUUGCGCUUGUCUUCUGGCGCAUGAAGAAACGCCAGAGCCACGUGAGCGAAGACGAUGACGAUCUCAUGGCUGGCACCGGCGCUGCUCUUGGCGACAAGCCUGCAACCGGCGCAUCUCCAUUCCAGGCCAACCUCGACCAGUACCACACCCCUGGAGGACGUCCGAACGCGGCAGCCAACUUCUAA